AACACACGACAGGCUCCGAUGACAGGUAAGGAAGUUGUUCCCCUUUGACAAUACAAUCAAUGGUUGGCUCCAUAGAACUGGUCUGAUAUUGAGUUAUACAUUGAAACCCGGUUAAAAGUUUAGUAAGUUUGGGCACACACACGCAGACAUGAGGGCGCUGACUCUCCUUCAGUCUGAUCUGAAUGUAAAAACAGAUGCUGGAUUACAUCCAAACUAUAUCAGGCCGAGCCUGGAAAACCGCAUUCUGACUCAGGCACCAGCUUUGUCUCAACGUCAGUUUACAUCUCCAUCAUGGGCCGGUCAGACCUCCACAUCUUCACCAUGUCCGGCCCUUCAGCCCACAAGCCUUUCCUCUACAACGACUCCCUCCUGUCUUCUGUCAUCUACGACCAAGAGCUCAAUGUCACUUUCAUCGUCUUUGCUGAACACCACAAACACGCUCCUGAUGGACACACUACACCAUCCGCCGUCUUCCUCUCUCGUCUCCACUUCUGUCAUGAAUUCUUCACUCACUUGCUCCCAAAUGUCCACGGCUGGUGCUGCUACAUCUCUGCUGGGUCUCUCUCUGCCCACCUCAGAUGAGAAAGUAAAGGCCUCAUAUGACAAGAGAGAAGUGAAACAAGCCUCAGUGUGUACACCUAAAAGCCUGCUGGGAUAUAGUGAGGAGACCAGCCAGGAUGUCAGACCUGAAAGCUGGGAGGAGAUGGACCAGGAGGCAUCCUCUGAUAUGCUUGCUGUGGAUCUGGAUUUAGAGGAGGAUGAGGAGCUCAUAGUAGCUCCUCAGGAGGAGUUUGGGGUGCUUGAACAGAGCAAAGAUGAUGAACUUGAGGAACUGAAGAAGAAGAAGUACAACCUGCUGAAUAUGGUGUGCUGCUCUUUGGUAAAUAAGAACUGUACACCAGGCCAGGAAGACUGGGAUAGUGAGAAUAGCGUAUGGAUUAUGAUGAAGACCUUAGCUGCUGAGAUUUCCUCCAGUGACCCUCAGUUUCUUCUCAAGGUUGCUGUCUAUACUAGGCAAGAGCUGAACAUUCGUAUUACAGCAAACUACCUGCUUGCACUGGCUGCUCAUUUGCCUGCUUCAAAGCCACACCUGAGAAGAUAUUUUUGCGCUGCCGUGCAACUGCCAUCGGAUUGGCUGGAAGUGAUACGAAUCUACAGCAUUUGUUUUAGUAAAUGUUUGCCCACCUGUCUGAAGAAAGCUCUAGCAGAUAAAUUUAAGCAGUUCAGUGAAUAUCAGCUGGCCAAAUACAAUACGCGAAAGCAUCGCUGCAAACAUAACAAAAAGAUAAAGAAAGGAAAGCAACCAACGCCUGAACAGUGGAAACAGUGGGGUGAUCUUGUCAAAGUCGAUCCAUCAAUUCUUCAAAAAUAUUUACAGAGCGAUAACCGUGUGGCGGUGGAUAAAAAACAGAGCGUUUACAGUCUCAAGAAGAUGAUCAGGCGACUUCACAUCAAAGAACCUGCAGAAUUUAUCAUGGCCAUACUGGGAAAGAAGUACCCAAGUGAUCUGAAGAGUUUUUCUAUCAGUGGUCUCAGUGGGGUCUGGGACAGAGAAAGAGCUGGAAAGCCGAUGAAACUCAAGCAGCCGGAGACGUGGGAGCGCAAACUGAGUCAAGAAGGGAACAAAGCUUCUACAUGGGAAAAACUAAUAGACAACAGAUCUCUUCCUUUCAUGGCAAUGCUGAGGAACCUGAGGAAUAUGAUCACUGUUGGCAUCAGUGCAAAACAUCACAGUAAGAUCAUCAACAGGCUCUCCUCAAAGGAAGCUGUAAUCCAAAGCCGGCAGUUUCCCUUCCGAUUCCUCUCUGCUUAUAAAGUCAUUCUGGAGCUCAGUAAAUUCGCUGGCGGCCCUGCGAAAAAGGUACCUAACUCCCCUCAGAUUCUACAAGAUAUUCUGAAGAAACUGCCAAAAAGCAAACGCCAUAGUGGCCACAAUUGGGACACAACAGGACGCAAGCAACUGAGGGCCACAAUGCGCGUGCCUUACGUCUACCGCUUAUUCAUCGCUAAACGCAAUCUUCUGAGAAAGGCAAAUGAAAGGCUGUAUACUCAGAAGAUUUUGGACCAGUACUGUUCAGCCUUGGAGAAAGCUUUACAGAUCUCCUGCACGUACAAUAUUCCUCCUCUGCCCGGGCACACUCUUGUCAUCUGUAAUGGUAGGUUAUCGUGUUGUGGCCGAACUAAUUCGGAGGUCUCUCACGACUUCUGCAUCCCACCAGAGGACACCAAUACCAUCAACGACACACAACUCUCAGCUUCGAACCAGGAGGCGGCUUUACUCUUGUCUAUGAUGAUAAACCACUGCAGUGAACAUACACAAGUCAUGCUAUACUGCAAUGAUCUCUAUGAGGUUAAACUGAAGUCUGACAACUUGCUGGAUAAUGUGAGACAAGUAAUGAAACAACUAGGGGAAAUAGAUGAUUCUGAAGAAAAACCUGAAAGCGUUUCAUGCACUAAGUUCUUCUCAAAGCUAACUGCAGAAAGGACAAAGGUGGAUCGUAUAAUUGUGAUCGAAAAUGUCUGGGUAGACUCCUCUUUGAUGGUGGAUAUCAAUAACUAUCGGCAAGAUCUCGGAAGUGAUGCUGUCGUGAUAAAAGUACUGCUUGGACAAAAGACUCCAGAAACUAAAGAUGUACAAGACUCCAAUAGUGUAGUGCUUUAUGGGUUUAGCGAGCAGAUUCUUAAGUUUAUAACAGAGAGAGGCUCCUCAAGACUUCUGCAGCAUGUGGAAAACAUGGACCGGGUGCAUAACAUCCCCCCUCCACAGGGGCAAAAAUCUGAACCCGAAAGAGAUGCUGAUCUUGUCCCUCUGCCGGCCACACCAAAGCUCAGGUGGAGAGGCGUGCGGGUGUUUAUCUCGUCUACAUUUAGGGACAUGCAUGCCGAGAGGGACGUUCUUGUGCGUAGCGUGUUUCCGGAGCUCAGGAGGCGUGCGGCUCCACACUGCCUCUACCUGCAGGAAGUGGAGCUGCGCUGGGGAGUUACAGAGGAGGAGUCCAGCCGCACCGUUGAGCUCUGUCUCUCUGAGGUCUGCCGGAGCCAGCUGCUGCUUGGAAUUUUGGGAGAGAGAUAUGGCCUAGUGCCACCCCGCCCUAACCUUCCUGAACUUCCUCAGUACAACUGGCUUGGCUCAGCCCCAGAUGGGUUAUCCAUCACUGAAAUGGAGAUUCGACAGUUUGAAGCUCUGUAUCCAGACUCUGCCCAGAGCCGCAUGUUCUUCUACUUCAGAUCACCCAAUGUCACCAGGUCAGUGCCAGUAGCGUGGAAAACAGACUUUGUAGCUGAAUCCCAAGAAGCUGAAGCUAAAAUGGACAGUCUGAAAACAUGGAUCAGAGACAAUGAAUUCAAAGUUACAGAAAAUUAUCCCUGUGAGUGGGGUGGCGUGGUGGACGGAAAGCCCUAUUUGAAAGGUCUGGAGGACUUUGGGAAGGCGGCCCUGGAGGAUAUCUGGGAGGCCCUACAAAAGCAGUUUAUAGAGGAGACAGAUGAAGAUUUCUCAUCUGAGAUUAAAGAACAGGAAGUGCACCAGGAUGCUCAACAGAGACAGUUUCACGGCAGAGCGAAACACAUUGCUGUGGGAAUAGAAAAAGUUCAGGAAAGUCAGCAAAAAGGAGGAAUUCUGCUCGUUGAGGGAAUUCCUGGAGAGGGCAAAACUGUGUUCAUGGCUGCCCUGGCCCAGACACUCAAAACCUCAGGCAAAAACAAAAAAGCCCCCCUUUGUGAUGUCAUAUCCUACUCUACUGAUGCUAGCCAAUCAGCGUGCAGUGUUGAGCAGCUUCUUCGAUGUCUUGUCCAGUGGCUGAGAAUGAGAAAAAAUGAGACCGAGUUGGCUCAAAACACUCCUUACAAAGAGUUGCUGUCAGAGUUCAAUGUGCAGUUAUUUGACCUGAGUAAAGGAAAGCCAAUGGCGCUGCUUGUUGAUGGGGCCGACCGCAUUCAAGAUGGUCGAGGUCAGAGAGUGUCAGAAUGGAUCCCGCAACACCUCCCCAAGGGUGUCUGUCUGGUUCUGAGUGUGACAUCCGAAUCAUCCCUCCAGAGCACUGUUUGUAAAAGAAAAGAUACUUUAUCACUUACACUGGGACAGUUAUCAUUACCGGACAGGAAGGAGAUUGUACAGAAGCAACUUGUUGUGUACGGAAAGAAGCUGAGCGAUUCUGCUUUCAAUAACCAACUUCAGACGCUGCUGAUGAAGAAAGGUUCAGUGAGUCCGCUCUACCUCCAUCUGGCCUGCGAGGAGCUGAGGAACUACGCCUCUUUUGAAAAGAUGAAGGACAGCCUGCAGUCUCUUCCUCAGUCGCUGUGUGAGCUGGUUCAGAGGGCUUUGGUGAGGAUGGAGAGUCAGUAUGGAGCAGCAGGACUGGGAUGGGCUUUAGCUACACUGGCCAUCAGCUCCACUGGCCUCAGGGAGACUGAUCUUUACUCAAUACUGAACAUGUGCAAUGAUUUAAACUCCAGAGGCGGUCAGGUGUCGUGGAAUGAAACUCUAAAUAUAGCGAAAUAUCCAGAGAGCCGUGUUCCCAUGGCAACAUUUUCUCAAAUGGCACGAAAUCUGCACAGCCUAAUUGGACCAUCACAUGGUCAGGGGUCAGAUGAUGUCCUGACUUUGUCCCAUCCAGAGGUGAGGUCUGCUUUCGAACAGCUUUACCUUUCAACCGAUAUGGACAAAACCAGAGCCCAUCUGAUUAUUGCAGCUCACUUCUGGGUGCGAUCAAACCCUCAUGGGAAGGACACAUUUCUACACUCUGAUCCUGAUACUCUGUCCUGUAUACCUGCUCACCUGAUGAGCUGUCAUCAAUGGGAGCCUCUGGGUUUGCUGCUGUCCAGUUAUUAUUUCUUGUAUGCUAAUGUUCGGCACGGAUUUCUUCAUCACCUUUUGGAGACCUAUAUUUUGUUCAGCAACAAUGUUUCACCUCAUCAGCUUCAAUCUCCAGGAUCAGCAGAAAACAUGAAGGACAUUGAAGACUGUCUCAGUUUUCUGAAGCGUCACAGUCCUAUCCUCUCGCAAUGGCCUGCUCUGUUUGUGCAGACGGCUCUUAAUGAACCGCAGGACAGCUCUGCUCAUUCAUGGGCUGAAUACAUGACUAGAAAGGGAGGCGUGCAUGCUGUAGAGUGGCUGAACAACCCAGGAGGAGCACAAAAAGAAGUCAGUGAACUGGUUUCCACCUUCCAGUCUGAGCCCAGUUGUGUGGUGGUGAGUCCGGGAGGAAAGCUUGUGGCAGUGGGUACUGAAGAGGGAACACUUCACUUUGUUCAUACAGAGACUGGACAGGAAGUGAAGUCAUUGCUAAGCAGUUGUGAUGGCAUCUCCGGAUGCAUUUUCCUUAAUGAAGGGCUUCUGGGAACAACGUCAUUCGAUGGACAGGUGGAAGUGUGGGAUGUUGAGAGUGGUUGCAGAACCGCUCGCAUGAGCGCCCACUCCAACAGGAUCACAGGAUGUGAUGUCAGUCCAGACAGAAAACACUUUGUUACGGUCUCAAUAGACUUAAACGUGAAGGUGUGGUCAGCGCAGAAGAGCAAAGAAGUGGCCUCUCUCGUGAAUCCCUCUCCUCUGAACUGUGUGAACUUUGACUCUGAGGGUCUGCUCUUAGCUGUGGGUUCCUGGGAUGGAGCUGUCCGUGUUUGGCAUUGGCUGGAAAAUCAAAAGACUACGACUCUGUUAGGUCAUCAGAGUUCUGUGCGCUGUUUGUCUUUCUCUCCCUGCUCCUCCAUGCUGUGCUCGGGCAGUUUGUUUGGAGAAGUGCGGCUCUGGUCAGUUACAGCAGCUUCUUGUUUAGGAAGUUAUCAUGCUCACCGCGGGUCCACAGAGACCCUAAACUUCCUACAGGGAGGAUCUCUGUUGCUGAGUGCUGGAUAUGACCAAGUGGUUCAGGUAUGGUCAGGGGGUCUUGGACGUUGUGUCGUUGUGCUGGGAGAGGAAAAGAAGCUAAUGUUACAGCAACAAAAGCACUCCAGACAUAGAAAUGAUGAGGAAGCUAAUGCUCUUUGUGUGGCUGUAACCAAUCAGUACGCUGCAGUGGGUUACCAUGGAGAGGGCAUCAAACUGUACAAUUUUGAGUCAGGAAGGAAGAUCUGGAGCAGUGAGGAACUUCAGAUGUCCACACUCUGUCUGUUGUGGAUGGAGGCUGAGGAUACAGAAAUGCUGCUGUCUGGCAGCUCGGAUCAUCAAAUCAGGAUCUGGGAAAGUCAAAGAGAAAAUCCAGAAAGUCUUGUGCUAAUAGGAUCUUUUGGAGUACAGAAGGGAUCGAUCCUCGCCCUGGCUCAAAACUCUACUUAUGUGGCUUCUGCAUCAGAUGAUUUCACUAUUGCUUUGUGGUCGAAGAAAGAUUUGACUUCCAAGCCUUGGGUUGACCCUACUGUGAUGUGUAUUCUGAGAGGUCACAAUGGAGGGGUCACAUGCCUUGCCUUCAGAUCAAAUGGGGAGGAGCUUCUUUCAGGAGGGAAGGAUCAGGCUUUGAUGAUAUGGAAGGUGAAAUCUUUACCUCCAGUUCUUAAACGGACUAUAUCUCAUUGUCAUGGAGACUGGAUUACGGGAUGUGCCUGGACAUCACAAGCUGUGAUAAGCUGCUCCAGUGACUGCAAGCUGUCCGUAUGGGACAUCCAGACAGGAAAUUUGAUACGAAAUGUCCUUUUCAGUUCUUCUCUGAGCACAUUGUGCUGCUGGGAGGAUUAUGUGAUGGCAGGGACAGCAGAUGGACUGCUGAUGAUGUGGAAGUGGAAUUCAGGCAUGGAGGUCACCAGGAUCCAGGCACACCGAUCACGCGUCCAUCAAUGCACUGUUGUUACUCAGCCAGAUGUGGGAGAGACAUUGAAACCAGAAGACUUAUUGGUGGCCACAGCAUCAGAGGAUGGAACCUGUAAACUCUGGCACCCACUGCAGCUGCAGCAUCACAGCAGUCUGCAUGGCCACAGUGCAGAGGUUCAGGCUGUUGUGUGUAAACAGGCGGGACAGCCGGAGUUCUUCACCGUCUCAAGGGAUCGUUCCCUCAGGUCGUGGAGUGUCACUUCAGCAAUGGAAUGUCCUCCUUCCCAGAAGGGCAGCAUCCGAGCAAUGUGCUUUCUGGAUAAUGGUGAACUGCUGGUGUGUGGUUAUGACACGGGCAGAUUGGAGAUGUGGCAACAGAAUUCAAUGGUUUACUGGAAAAAGGUCAGUGAUAGUGGUGUUUGUGCAAUGACCAGUAUGCCGGAUGCACAGUUAGCUGUGGCCUGCACUGAUUACUCCGUGUCUGUUUGGAACCUGGAGUUGAACUCUGAGAAGUGCAUUGUGGGUCUGGAAAAGGCGUCUUCAUACACAGUGGAAAAUCCUGUGGGCUUUUUACACUACUGUUCUACUCUUUAUGCAGUUUGUGAACAUGGAAUAACCGUUGCUGUGUUCUCCACUGUAAACGAUUGGACAGCUGAAACUUAUUGCUGGUCGGACAGUGUGCGUCCUGCUGGAGUGAUGGCCAAUGAUGAGAAGAGCUUUUGGUUGUGGGGGCAGGAGAGGAGUAGCGUGCAUCUGAGUUUUAUUAUAUCUUUGAGUGCCAAUGUCUCUAACCUACGAAAUUGUACAAGUGUGAUAGGCGAUGAGGAAGAUGAGGAGCAGAAGGAUGCCAACAAGCCCUGGAUCACAGCUACAGCAGUGCAGGAUUGCUUUGUUGUGUGUGGUGAUUCUAAAGGAUACAUGUGGUUUAAUCAGCCAUCCGAUUUCUCCGCCUGGACCCAAAGAAGACUGGUGCACCAAGACAAAGUGACUGUACUGAAACUCACCACAGACCUCAUCGUGUCUGCAUCCUGUGACAGAACCGUCAAACUGUGGGACAGAAACACUAAAAAACAGCUGGGCAUGUUUGUGUGUGGAGCUCCUGUCAAUGUAUUGGAGGUCAACCCAAGUAAUCCUACAGAAUUUGUUUGUGGAGACGCACAGGGUCAUCUGUACUUUCUGUCCUGGAAAGGGGCGAUGCCCUAAUGUGCCCUAAAGUACGCACUCGUUGCAUGUACUCAUGUUUUUUGCAAUCAUAAACUAACUUACACAGUGUGUAUUUUGCACUAACAUUUAUUUGGGACUUAUAAUUAAUAAUACAUGUAGAUCAGGGUUUUUCAAUCUCAGGUCCCUCAAAAGGUUCCAAGUGGUCCCCAAAAGGUUCCAAGGGGUCCCCAGACACUUUUAAGAGAAAAAAGACAAAGCAGAAAUAGUUUAAAGUGUAUGUAUAGCCAGUUAUACGUUUGUAAACAAUUUGCUGUCUUUAUAAUAACACAAUUAUUUAUCUGACACAGUUUAAAUGUUUCUUUAUAUAAAAAAAAUGGAUGCCAUCAAAAAGAUUGAAAAUCCCUCAUCUAGAUGAUACUGGUGCCCUGGUACUUGGGAUAUAUGCUUUAAUUUCAUUAAAAUGUAUAAUGUAUUUGAAUUAAAUAAAUAUAUGUAGACUAAAAUGACUUUAGCUGGGUUUUCACAUGUAGGAUAAUUAUUUGAUUCUAUAAAGUUAAGCAAUAAGCUGUUUAUUUUUAAGGAUAUGUAUUACUUACACAUUGGGAAAAGCAGGUGUCCGCUGAAUGUGCUGUGAUGGUGUUCACCAUUGUCGAAAAUCCAUCGUCCAGGAUAAAGAUUAACUUUAACCUGAUCGUUUUUUUCUAAAAGCAAAGAAACCCCAUUUGAAGAGCUGUAGAACCCGUUUUGUUGGUCUGCAUGUGUUGAAAUUAUAUGCUGGUCAUUUUUAAACAGGCCUGCAGUAACAGAUUUAUCUGCACUUCCAACAGCUUUAGAAAAGACUCUGAACGCAUAGACUCCUCUAACCGGUGCUGUAAAGAUUCCUGUAUCACACAAAUAAUAAAGCUUUAGUAAAGCAUCAUUUUCAAAAAA